GAGAGCGAAACACGACACCCCGACGGAGGAAGAGGGGGGCCGAUAGAACACGAAGUGACUGAGUGAGUGGAAAAAGAAAAAGUGCGAGCCGGAGACGGAGCAGGGACGGACAGAGAGAGAGAGAGAAGAGCCCAGUUCGGUUCCUUUGUGCGGCGCCGCUGCUGUUGUUGUGACCGUCGGUGAGCCGCAGGGAGACGGACGACGAUUAGGAUGAAGACGUGGAGGAGGUCUCGACCAUGCGACAUCGUUCCAACGCGCCGGACGGACAUUUAGGCUCGCCGCAUUCCGUCGCUCCAGCACCGACCAACGGCAGCGCGACUCCUCCAAACUUUGACCUGCGCCAUUCAGACCCGGCCGCCUGGAUUUCCCCCCUCAACAGGCUUCGGGGCAACUUUUUUAAAACUCCCCCAGUAGAAGCCCCGCAGCUGAAAAACGGAGAAAAAAGUUUUUGUCACGAUAGUUUUGUUAAAAAACGAACUCCGUUGAAAGUUAGCGAACGGUUUUGAACUCCUAAAGCCGGGGCAGGUUGUUUGAAACGAGCCGCUAGUGAGAACAACACCGGAGGAAGGAGUGGGGUGUCGCUAGCUCACUCGGCGGCUACAAGCUAGCUAACUGCCGUCUAAAGUUACGAGUCGACGGGAAAAGUGACCGAAGCGGACCACCGAAGACUUCCACGAAGAUGAAAACCCCGGCGGACACGGGGUUUGCUUUCCCAGAAUGGGCCUAUAAGCCGGAGUCGAGCCCUGGAUCCAGGCAGAUCCAGCUGUGGCACUUCAUCCUGGAGCUGCUGAGGAAAGAGGAGUACCACGACGUCAUCGCCUGGCAGGGAGACUAUGGAGAGUUUGUCAUCAAGGACCCGGAUGAGGUGGCCCGACUGUGGGGUGCCAGGAAGUGUAAACCCCAGAUGAACUACGACAAGCUCAGCCGAGCUCUCAGAUACUACUACAACAAGAGGAUUCUUCACAAGACCAAAGGGAAGAGGUUCACCUACAAGUUCAACUUCAACAAACUAGUGCUGGUCAACUACCCCUUCAUCGACAUGGGCUCCAGUCGAGUCCCACAGAGUGCCCCUCCUGUGCCAACCGGAGGAACCCACUUCCGUUUCCCUCCUUCCACCCCAUCAGAGGUCCUGUCGUCCAGCGAGGAGCUCCGCAGCCCGGGUAUGUUCAGCAGCGUCGCCCGCCGCAUGGCCCGAGGCUCCGUGAGCGACUGCAGCGAUGGCACCUCCACCAACUCUGAGCUGGAGGAGGCUGUGGGCGCCGAGGAAAGAGCCGUGGGGCAGGAGAGGGCCUUCAGGGGUCUCCUUCCUCCCCGUCUGCCUCAUGAUUCUCUAUUCAGGGUCUACGGAGGGGCUCCAAACCCAGCGGGGCUGCCCAGACCUGCCCCCAGGGUCCACCCAGAGCCUCUGUCCCCCUUCCCCGUCUCACCCCUGCCUGGUCCUGGAGGCCUGCUGGCCCCGACUCUGUCCCCAGCCCUGUCUAUGACCCCCACCCCCCACCUUCCCUACACCCCGUCCCCCUCUCUGUCGUCCCCCAUGAUGGGCUCCCACUUCUCCUUCAACCCGGAGGACAUGAAGCACUACCUGCAGGCCCACACCCAGUCAGUCUUCAACUACCACCUCAGCCCCCGAGCCUUCCUUCACUACCCCAACAUCAUCAUCCCACAGCCCCACCGCCCCACCCCCGAGAAACCGGCCGCCCAUCACCUCCAUGGCCCGCCCAUGUCGCUUUCUCAUUCGCUGAGCCAGCAGCCCGGGGGCGGCGACGACGGGCACCAGCAUCCAUCACCGUACAAGUUCAAGCUGCAGCCGCCGCCACUCGGCCGCAAACAGCGGGAGGCAGGGAGCUCAUUGGCUACUUCUUCUUCCUCCUCUUCCUCCAGCCAGUCCUCCUCAUUCACAGGGUCUGGUCAGAUGAGCAGUUCUGCCCUUGCUGGGGGGCCUCCUAAGAUCAAGGUGGAGCCCAUCUCAGACAUUGAAUCUGAAGAAGAGGUGGAGGUGACCGACAUCAGCGAGGAAGACGAGCUGAAUCACAACAACGAGCAUGACGAAGGCGACAUCUUCACCCCGACAGCUCGCCACCGUCCCCAUCUGCUCAACAACCACCACCAGGCCAACGGAAACAGCAGCAGCCCUUCUGCUCCUCUUCCUCCUCUGCCUGACGACGACGAGGACGAGGAGGUCUUUAAGACCCCGGCCACUCCUCCUCCAGGCAGCGGCGGCCUGGCCUUCCCUCUGAUCAGCCUGAAGAGCGAGCCGGGCCAGCCGUCUCCCAUCAGCCCCGGGGGCACUCGCUGCAUCCCACUGAAGCUCCGUUUCAAACGCCGCUGGAGCGAAGACCAGAAGAUGGAGGCGGACGGAGAGAGGGACGAGGCAGAGGACAAGAAAGUGAGGGCCGAAGGAGAGGAGGAGGUGGCGGGGAAGAGGGAGGAGGCCGGGAGGAGAGAGGGCGAGGUGGAGAACGGAGGAGGGAGAGGCGGUGGAGUUAUUCUGGGGCUGAUGCUGCCACCAGCUCCCACCCAGCGCAGAGCGAGUUCAGAGCUGCACAGGGCCACGGCACAGCUGUCUCUGGAAAACACCGGCUGCUGAGCUUCAAGCACACAAACACACAGGGGAUCUCAGUCAGACACAAACACACUUCUGGAAGUCUGUCAACAAGUUCAGUAGCUUCAGGCCGACCAUAAAUUCUUGUCAGUUCUUGCCGGCAGGGAGUUUUUUUGAUGCAAAAAAGUAGACAAAACCUCCAACGUCAUCAUUCUGAACAUGUACAUGUGUCAUAUACAGAAACUGCAUUUGUGCAAUAAUUAAAGGAGUUGUUGGUCUCUGUUAACUGACCUCACAGCUCCUGAAAUUAACAGAAACAUGAUCUUUUCCUACAUAUGAUACAUCUACAUGUUCACAUCAGAGUAGAAGACAAAGUAAUGGGUUUGUUGUACUUUUUUGCAGCAACAUGAUUGGUCAGUACUGUCGGCAAGCAGCUGCAAGAAGCUAUGAUCCCUGUAAAACCAUGAAACAUAGAUGUCCCUGUGUUGCCUCUAAUGUACAGAAAGGAAGUGUGUGUCCACCAAAGUGUUUAUUCCUGCUGCCUGCCAUUUUUUUUCAGUUUUUACAAUGAGAGCGCUGCGUAUUUACAGUGUAGUGAAGGCGUUAGGAAGCGGAGAACGUUUUUUCUGAUCGCAAAGAGUUGAAAAAUGUUUGACUUUUGAGACUUUACAGUGGAGAAGGGGCGAGACAAAUACCACACUAGCCAGUUGUCAUGUCAUACUUGUACAAAUACUGAACAGCAGCUAAAAUGCAGUAGAGAAGUUAAUACUGCUGCUGUCCAAGUAUUCACAUCUGCACCACGUAACAUUUCAGACUACAACAAUAGUAGCGUAAAAAAAUAACAGAAUUAGCCGCAAAACAGAACAGCGUGCGUGGAGUUGCGUCCAGUUUUCGGACUCAGCACGGUUCUGUAAACCUUCAAGUUUGUGUACUAUUUGUAAACAUCAACAGACUUCAGUAGACUCUGUAGGUGAUAAAAUUACUCAGCAACAGACAGCUGGUCCUGAAAAAUAAAAGCAGAAAAUGUGACCAAGACUUAAAGUGGAGGAGCUGUCUGGUACUAAGUAGGCAUUUCCUGGAUAUUGGUAGUUUCAUUUCUUUUUAAAAUACAGACACAGAAUGACCCGUUUUUGUAUAAAAGUGUCUGGCUCACUUUGCGCAAAAAAUACAAGUUUUUUUUUAUUUUUGCAACGCACCAUCUGCAUGCUGCUCUCGACUGUUUCCAAUGACGCAGCAGCUGCUUUACUGACUUAGAGAGUAAAUCUAAUAGUAACAUUUUUACAGUCGGCUGGUACUUGCAUCACAUUACAUUCUUGGAUAUUCAGCAUCAGAACAACCAGGUGAGAAAACUUUGCACCUCCAAAGUGCUUCCAACUGGAAGCAUUCGACUUUAUCAGCAGACAAGAAAACACUUUGGUGGCCACUCAGCCUCCGUCAAGACACCUUUGUGCCCCUGUUAUCUUAUCAAACGCAGCAGACAGAGUGCUGUCGCUGUGACUUAAACACUACGAGAUAACCAAACUCAGAUUGUACAUUGAUUUCUGCCCGUUUUCUUUCCAAAACAUCCGAGCCCCACAGAGAGGGAGUCUGCUCUUAAUAUCCGUCAGGAACUACACACUGCCUUAUCAAAGCCUCCUCACCCUCCUAGUGCCAGUAGCUCUGCCAUCCAUCACCUCACAUCACACGUGUGCCCGGAUCAUCGUCAUCUUUAAACGCAUUCAGUCGGUCUAACUUGUUUGUCUGGAGCAGCGAAACUAAUUUGCAUCCUGCUCUAAAGAGCACAAAGGUGGCCUGAAUUGUACAAAAGUAGAUAGAAAGAGUUUUAAUGAAUUUCUCACUCAUCUCCGGUUCACUUGAAGGCGGUGAGCGCUCCUCCUUAUCUCCCCCUCGCUUCUCUUUCCCGCUCCUUUGUACUCACCGUAAGAGACAGACAAAUCCUGAUGUUACUAAGAAGACUUAACAGCCCCGAUAGAGAUUAUAGAAGUGCCUCUCUGUCUGCACCCAUCACCAUGCAGUCGUUUACAAGAUGGAGGGCAGUGAGCGAGAAAAAAAAAAAAAACGAACUCACUCUGAAGGAUCUUACAGACUGAAGAGGGGUUUUUUUUCCUUUCAAGUGGUGAUUAGAAAGAACUCUGCAAUCAGUCCUUUCUGCAGGAAACGGCUCGGACACUGUCGGACUGAGUGUCCUCCUCGUCCUCAGCACGUUCACUACAGACACAUGAAACGACAAUGAGCUGUACAUCUAAACCCGAGGAGGAGGAGACGAAGACUUUGACCUCUCAAACCGACCUGACUCACGGACAUCAAUGGACAUUUUCAGCGUGAUUCUCGUUCUACAGCGAAACCAGCCGGCCCUCGGAGGAUCUUUUCCCUCCCGUUUCUCUUCGCAGGAAACGAGGAAGCAGCUACGAGGAAGGCUGUAAUUACAGACACACUUGUUUCUCAGAGUGUGUUUGGACACGAAGCUGCUGCCUAAACAUCUGGCCUCGGCUUCUCGUGUCCCCGCGUGACUUCGCACAAUCUUUGAGGGGAUUGGAGGUUUGAGGGCAUUUGUAGUUGUUUUUUUUGCCCUCAAUCGUACAGAUCAACAGCUCUCUUCUGCAUUCCCCCGCUAUUUUGUUAAUUGUUUUUCUUUUUGUUUUGUUUUUCUUAAAUGACUGUACUCUUUCUGUCAUCCGACGUUUGUGCCUGUUAAGGACGUGGACAGUAUUUUAGGGCAUUUUGCAGUGAUCUGAGGGCUUUCUGUAUUUUGGAUAUAAUCGCCAAAUCUGUUCACGUGACGAUUGAAGCCAACCGAUUUGUCUUGGUGGGGGUGGGGGGAGGGAGAAAAGACGUGCCCAUUUUAACGAACAAAAUUUAGAAUGAGAUUGUGCCUUUUUUUAAAGCCAACUUUUAUCAAAUACCCCCAGCAAAACGUUAUAUCACACACUACCACCAUGCCUUCUGCUUUUGUAAAAGAGAGAUACAGAAUAAGCAAAUCUACACAUAUAUAUUUUAUUCAAAUAUAUAUUGAAUUCAAAUAUUAUAUUUCAAUAUGGUCAUUUGAUACAAAUCAGAAAAAUCCUACUAUUUUUAAUGGUAAAGAUAUGUAUAUAUUCUAGCGGGCAUAUUAUUACCAGUAUAAUUCAGCCUUUGCCUUCUCACCCUUGCCUUCUCUUGACCGUUGAGCUGCGAUGACAAAGGCCACCGGUGUCAGAAUUUUAUAUUUAUAUUGUAAAAACAAAAAAAAAAGUGUAUUCAGGGGAGAGAGGGGUGUGACGGGACAAACAAGCGAGCGCGAACAUUUAGCCAGACCUGGGUCGGACCGUGUUUGUUUUAACACGCGUGGAGCGGCAGCUGGGUGGAGUUUACCACGUCAGAACGGUCACAGGAAGGUAUAUUAGUUGUAUUUUUGUGUGUUUGGUUCAUUUAUUUCCUGCUUGGUGCGCUCCACCCGCCUCAAACUGAACUCCUAAAUUAUUUGCAGCCACCGUUUAACCCACAUCGGCUGAAAAGUUUAGGGGAAAAAAAAAAAAAAACACAUGGAGGCGCAGGUGAAGCGUUCUGAUUGGGCGACACAGAUGUGCAGAUACGACUGGACUUUGGUUUGAGCGUGGCCUGUGGACUGCAUCGGCUCGGUGUGAACUCGUGGUCUGAUCUGAACCCUCACAGACACACUGUCCUGGUUAGCAGCGAGGCUUUACUGUGGCUACAAUAAAGGGAAACGUGACAUCACGUGUGACAUCAGACGCCCCCGCAGUCUCUCUGGAGGAGACGGUCCGACCAUAGAAACUACACCCAGUCACACACAGCGAGGAAAUGGCAUCACUAAACCUCAGAGCGCCGCGGAGAGAGAGGGACUUCCCAUAAUGUGACUCGCCCGCUCUGGCUGCUGUGUGUGUGGUUUCUAUGGUUAUGCCAUCUACACACAGAACGUUAUUCAACACGGCCUACAGAGACUCCUGGUCCGAGUUAUUUAGCCCCGUUUUUCUUGUCCAGAUCAUCCAACCAGCUCCAGUCUCAUGCAGUUAAACCCUAAUUAUUCAAAGCCGAGCCAAAAUUUGAUUUAUGGUGAUAUUUUUAUUUGACCAGUAAGGUUUCUUCUGACUGGAAAUGACAUGAACAAGUGACAAAGACAGUAAAACAUUGUGUUAGGGAUGUUAAUGAUGAGUUUUAACUAUCUUGUGCUGUUUUUUUUAUGCAUUUUUACUAAAAAUACCGUCUUCUCAGUAAUCAAUCUUGAGCACAAACAUGGUUCUAAGAAGCUUUUGCAUGUUUUCACAGGAAUUUUGGACAUUUUGGCCAAAAAGUCAGCAUCUUUGUUCAGUGUCUGAUUGAGAUGCUGUUUCCAGAACUGUUCAGAUUCAGGGACAAUUCUCCUUGGAUUCUACUAUUCUUGCCAGUACAGGAGUCACUUCUGGUUUCCAAGCAACCUCUUUAAGACUUUUGACAGUGUGGAGCUCCUUGUACACUUUGAUUAAGCUUUGCACUGUGGCUACUUCCACUUUAAAACUCUUGAUAAUGACUUUAUAGCUUUUCAUUCCCUUGUGUCAAGUGAUAUAACAAUGUUUUAGAGAUUUUAAUGAUACAUUUUAGCAAUUUCUAUGUUUUUUUUUUUAGAUUUGUACUUGAAAUUGCCUCAAACUUUUGAGAAAAUGCACCUUCAGAUUAUGAUAGAAAUUGAACCAUUUUGAAUGAGAGCAUUGAGCAUUUAAAUGUGCUUUAAGUUGAGAACAACUCAUGCAGUCGUGCUUUGGUCAGUUUUUAAUCAAUUUUAAGUCAUGGCUGAAACCAAAGAACUCAGUUAAGACCUCCAGUUGCACGUUGUGGCUUCUCACAAGACAAGGAAAAGCUUUAAAACGUAUCCAAGUGUUUGUAAGUGCAAGCGGCCACAGUGACAAGCAGAAUUAAAAAGUACAAGAAGUUCCACAAGGGCUUCAGAAAGACAAAAAGUGGCCUCUGCUUUGGAAAAAAUGGUAGAAUCCAACGAUUAACACCAGGAGUAUCCUGAUGAAUCUGAGUCAGGAUCACAAAAGGUCCAAAAUCCUACUGGAGACAUGAAAAAAAGCUGUUUGCUGUGGUGGCAAAAAAAGGCUUUAAAAUUAAGCUUGAAUACAUUUUUUGACUUUAAAAAUGUUAAAUAAUCCACUUAGAAACAAUUAAGCUUCAUUGUGAGCAUCUCAAACACAAUUUUCUUAACAACCUUUGUCACUUUUUUGUGCCGUUUCCAACCAGAAGAAAGCUACAGCUCAAAGAAAAAUGUACUAUAAAUCAAAACUUGUCCUGUUUUUGAAUAGUUUUUAGUCUUUAACUGUAUCGCUGUCUUUAAUUUCAUUCGUUUUCUUCACCAGGCACCAGAAAGUCUCACAUCUAUCCUUCUGAUCUGGAUUUAACCUGAAGAUUUGUUAAACUGUGCCUGCAAAUCCAUUUAGGGGACUUUAAGGACAGAUGUAGCAGUUAGCAAGCGUCUGUUAAAGGAAGUCAACACCUGAACUGUCACACCUGUGCUGCCUUACCUGUCGUGGCUUCAAACUACAAACACAAGAGAACAACUGUUUCCCCGCCAGGUCGAUACUCUCACCCCUCGACUUCACCGAUGCUGUUCUUAUCUUUUGUUUUUUUUCUCCUGUAUUUUUUCAGACAUAUUACUGUUACUCUUGUAAUUAUUAUAUUAUUAACAUUUUUUUGAUUUUGUUGUACCCUCUUGCCAUUGGCCCGGCCUCUUCUCCAUGAAUUCCUGGUUGUUUUUCUGUGAGUUCUUGUUCCAGUUUGCACUCUUUCCUCAUGAACCUUAACUAGUCGGCUUCAGCGCAGUCUCUUUUUGUUGUUUUUUUAAUUUUUAUUUUUAAGCUCACGCUGAUUUUAUAACCAUGUUACUGUGGACAAGAGGAGGGUCACAUGAUUCCCACAUGAUAUACAAGCGAGGGGAAGAAACAAUUGUUUUCUUUUUUUUUGAUGUUGUGUAUAUAUAUAUUUUUUCCAUUUUGGAGGAUUCUGUAAGAAAAGAAGAGCAUUGUACUGUUUAACCAUUGUAUUAUUUGACAUGCGUCCCUUCCUGUCCUCUCAGAGCGUCUUCGUCUCUCCUUUCACCUCGGCGGUGAAGUUUCACUCCAGAGGAGAGACGGAGGCUUUUGUUUUUAUCACGGAGGAUCCACCUGUACUUCUGUUUCCCUUCUAUCUGUUCAUCUUCAUUUGUAAUUAAAUAAUAAUCAGGGUUCAUUAAAAAAGGUUAAAAAUG